CUAAACCGUAACCCACAAUCCUUUUGACUCCUUGGCUGUAGCGCUGAAAAGCACAACCCUCUGUGGUGGAUUGUUCAAGUGCUUGGGUGUUUUAAGAGAAAAUGGCUGAUUCUGUGGUUGAUUUUCUACUGGAGGACCUACGUCAGGUGUUAAGCCGUUGUACUGCUUUGAUUCUUGAAGAAAUGGUUCCUAUUGAAGUCCUUUAUGAGGAUCUUAAAUUCAUAAAAGACUUCCUCAGGGAUUCCAAGGAGAAGUUCAAUGAGAGCGAUGAAUUGAAGAUCUUAGUGACACAUAUUGGAGAGAUGGCUUCCAAGGCAUUGGUUGACCUUGACAUGUUUACAAUCAUUAGCCUCAUGUAUGAGGGUAUGAACAUCUCUGAGCGAUUCUAUCAGGUCUUUGGUCGUUCCCAAAAGGUGAGAGAUAUGAUACUUGAGGUUAAGUCUAUCAAGAAACAAGUGUUGGAGAUUUAUGACAAGAAGCUCUACAGCAUCGCAGUACCACAAGAAGAGACUAUUGCAGAAAUUAUAUCAAGAGUAGAGGAGUUGGAGGAUAAUGACAAGUUCUCCGACCCAGUCGUUCAAGAAGUAAACAUGUCUGCCACAAGUAGCAGAUCAACAGGGUCAAGAGCAAGCAAAAGCAUUGUAGAGGAAGAGACUCUCGUGGGCUUUGAGGAUGAGGCAAUGGCGAUAAUGGAAAGGCUUACUGGAGUACAAAGGCAACUAGAUGUUAUCUCAAUUGUUGGGAUGGCCGGACUCGGUAAGACAACAGUAGCCAGAAAAUUAUACAAUGAUCCUUUCAUUGUAUAUCACUUCUAUAUUCGUGGAUGGAUUUAUGUGUCACAGGUAUAUAGAAAAAGGGAUUUGUUACUUGGUCUUCUGAGCUCUAUUGUCAAGAAUAAAGAUGAUUUUUUUGCAAUGAGCGAUGAAGAUACCUUCCGAGAAGAAAAGUUGGGGGAAGAAUUAUACAAACGCUUGAAGGGUAUGAGAUUUCUAAUUGUCAUGGAUAAUAUAUGGGAUUUGUUGGCCUGGAAUGAUUUAAGACAAUAUUUUCCUAAUGACAACAAUGGAAGUAGAAUCUUGCUCACCACUCGGUUAAAAGAAGUUGCUUUGGACAUAAAAGCCAGUAAGCCUCCUCACUGUUUGCGUUUUUUAACUAAAGCUGAAAGUUGGGAUCUAUUUCAACAAAAGGUAUUUUUGAGAAAUAGUUGCCCUCCAGAGUUGAGAAAAAUUGGAAUGGAAAUUGUUGAAAGAUGUUGGGGACUUCCGCUUGCAAUUGUUGUUGUAGCUGGAUUUCUUGCAGAGGAAGAGAAGACGCAAGAGUUGUGGAACCAAUUUGCAAAUCGAGUAAGAUGGAGUAGUUUCGGUGAUCGCAAUGAAAAAUUCAUGGAAAUACUAGAAAUGAGCUACUUGAACUUACCUUCUCACUUGAAACCAUGCUUUACAUAUUUUGGAGCAUUGCAGAUACACUAUGAAAUCCCAGUAUGGAGGUUGAUAUGCUUGUGGAUUGCCCAAGGAUUUAUACGGCCAAAUGGACUACAGAGUUUAGAGGAUAUAGCAGAGGGUUACCUGAUGGAUUUGAUUGAUAGAAGUUUAAUAAUUCCUGCCAAGAAAAGUUCUGAUGGUAAAAUCAAAGCAUGUCAUAUCCAUGAUACAUUGCAUGAUUUGUGCCUGAGAAAAGCACCGAAAUUUCAAGUGCCGAUUUACCAGCAUGGAGCAGUCAUUUCUUCUUCAGGUUCAGGUCCUAUCUCAUAUAACUACCCGACCUUUCUAUCUCAUGAUACCCCUGUUAUUCCUGGGAAGUCAUCUGUCCCACAUGUUCAUUUUCUUUCCUUGGACAUAUCUGGUAGGAAUGCACACCCUAAUCUAACUAUGUUAUCCAUUUAUAAACAGCUUAGGGUGUUUGAUAUAUCGCACAUCACUCUGAAAUUGUUCCCAGUGGUCAUAUUGCAAUUGGUUCAUUUGAGGUACUUGGCACUUCAAAUUUACUUUACUGAGAGCCUACCGUCACUAAUAUCCAACCUCUGGAACCUAGAAACUCUUAUUCUUUAUAAAAGGGGAGGCAUCAAAAUAACUAUACCUCGUAUUUGGAAGAUGCAAAAGCUGAGGCAUAUACAUAUUUCAGCUCCAUUGGAAUUAGUAGACCCUUGUUGUGAUACUUGGAAUUUACUUAAUGACCUGCAAACCAUUUCCACAUUAUGUCUUUCUAGUUUAAGUGAGGAUGUCUUAAAAAUGAUUCCAAAUCUUAGAAAACUGGGUCUUUUUAUACCUUUAUCACCGUUUGGGAAUUUAUCUUUUCCAGUCCUAGCCAAUUUAGUUCAGCUUACGACACUGAAGUUAGUUUAUUGGAGGUGGAACUCUUCUCCAUCAAGCAUUCCCCAAAUGUGCAUGUUUCCCCCCAAUCUCCAAAAGCUAACUUUAUUAGGUGGUCAUGUGGACUGGAAGGAAACGUCAACCCUUGGGUUGUUACCCAGCCUUGAGGUUCUCAAAUUGGAAUAUGAUGCCUUCAAAGGAAAGCAGUGGAAGACACCAAAUGGUGGGUUUCGUCGACUUAAAUUUUUGAAACUUAAACAUAUGAAUCUUGAGCAAUGGAUUGCCUCAAGUAAUCACUUUCCCUUCCUCCAAAGAUUAGUGUUGGAUGGUUGUAGGCGUCUCAAGGAGCUUCCGUCUGGCUUGUGUAAUACACCUACAUUACUGAUGAUCGAGCUAUACCAGCCAAGAUCCUCUGCUGUGGAAUGUGCAAGGAGAAUUGAGGAAGAGCGACACAACUCGGGAGAUGAUGGAUUGAAAAUCUUGAUAUACAAUUAAGAUGAAGAUUGAAAUGAGAGAGAUUGAACUGCAUUUGUAUAUGAAUCUCUCCAUUAAUUGGAUGUUGUAGAAAUAGCUUAUUUCUAUUGGCUCUUUGGUUAAGCUAUAGUUAUAUUAAAGAUCACUAUAAUUAUAGCAUGCAAGUAUAACCUAGCUACGUGUGAAUUUAAGA